AACAAUAACACAUGGCGCGUUUCAGUGUCAAGUCUUUGCCUUUGGCUUUGCAAGAAAAGGAAAUGUGAACCAAUUACUCCGUCGUCUGGCAGUGUUAGAGGUGCCUGUGGGGAAGACUGUCCAGCAGCCAUGGCGGCUGAGUUCGAGAUAAAGAUUGCCAAAGCCAAAGACCUUCCCCUGUCUUGGUUCGACCUUGUCCUACGGCCGGAAAAGUUCAAGCAGCACAUCAAAACCCUCGAAGAUAACCCCAACAUUGAGCCGACUGGACUCCAGUUGGUGGCGACUUUCCUGGAGAAAGGAGGGGCUCUGGAGGGUCAGACCCUGCUGCCGCCAGGUGACGGAGGGAAGGAGGGUGUGGAGGGACUAGCAGUGCUGGAGGAGAGACGACAGAGACUCGUAAACUGUGCCCUCUUCAUUGGCUCCUUCAUGCAGUGGGACCUGGCCCUCUUUGAGAAGAGCCUGCCGCCUGCGGUGUCCUACAGUCUACUGGUCCAACUGACAAAACACUACCCACUCACCACGGCCAGAACCACUCCCCCUCCCCCUCCCACCACCGACCAGGAGGAGGAAGAGGAAGAGGAGGAGGACUCCAACCUCCCCAGAGAGCCUCCAGCAACUCUGAUGGCUCACGUUCUCUACUGCCACUGGGUGGUGAGGUUCCUCACCCUCUCCCACCUCCCUCCUGACCCCCGACACCUCUCACACUCCUGGGACAUCUCCUGUGCCACUCCUGAACAAAUCAAGUCCCUAGUGAUUGGAGCCUCAGUUGUCUCACUGUGUGGAGUUCUUGGAGGAGGUGUGCCGGCACUGUCGUGGCUACCAGGUCCCUGUGGUGGGGGGAGUCUCCCUAUCAUGGGGAGGAGGAGCCAGGGAGGGGAGGACUCUGUGGAACUCACUCUCUCCUCCUCACCCACUCUUCUCUCCACUCCCACUAUACUCUGUCAGAUACACUACAGUCUCGGCUGCCACUAUUUCUGGCACGACAACUUCCAGAGGGCCCACUCACGGUUAAGAGAGUGUGCCCGUCAGCUGAAAAUCCUGUCAGGGUGUCCCCCUCUGGUGGACCCUGGCCAGCUGAGGGGGUUCACCUCUGCCUGUGCUCAGGUACGGACAAAGAGGAGGGCAGCUGGGAGGGAGGGAGAGGAGGAGGAGGAAGGAGAGAUGGAGAGCGAGGGGCUCGGUGGUGGCAGACAGACUCUGCUCGAGAAACUUGAACUCUGCAAAAUUGGUGAUAUCGAGAAAGUUCCGGAACAACUGAUCCAGGAUCUGACCUCUCCCUCCAUCCCCCUCCUUACGUGCACGUCGCUCCAUCGAGACCUGGCCCGUCGUGCCGAGGACGCCCCCCAGGAACCCAGCUCAAAGAGAGCCAAGCUGGACCCCAGUCUGGCCAGCUCUUCCCUCCCCCUCCACUCUCGGGUGGCCGUGUGCAACGCCGUGAGGGCAACUCUGGAGGCUCAGCCGGUCCAGCCCCCGUUCUGGACCCUCUCCCUCUCACCCUCUGUUGACCCCAGUCUCUAUCAGUUUCUCUUUCACGUGUGUGGUGAAGUGGUGGACAAGAAACGUAGUGACUCGACCAAGACUCUCAGGUUGCAAACAUUUGUCAGGAGUGUUUGCUGUAAGUCAAGAGAGCCAGGCAAAGUGUGGCAAAUGUUGCUCAACUCUCCAGCCAAAUCUCUAGCCACUCAACAAGAUGCUGAGCUCAUGGAGAGGCUCUUCCCUUCAAAACCAAUGCCUGUACCAACCACUGUCCCUCCUUUCUCCUCCUCCUCUUCCUCUCUCUCCCUCCUCCAUGAAAAGAGGAUCCUCACUGCCACUAACUGCCAGGACCUGCUGACUGCUGUUGAAGACUGUUUCAAGUCCCUGCCAGCCUCGGAGCACAAGACCCUGGCUCUGAGGUGGGUGGGGCCUGGAGACGAGUUCAUGAACUCCGACCUCAUCAGUGACCUAGUCCUCCUGACCAAGUACAACGCCAUGGUCCACAGAGCCCAGCUGUUGAAGAGAGCUCAGAAUUACGCCGAAAGUGGGAGGUUCCUGCGAGCUGCCCUGGGUCUCAUGCCGAGGCCCUCUUCCCUCCACACCAAGUCCUCCUCCUCCUCCUCCUCCCAUCCCAAACCUGACCAGGUCCUGCUGGACAUCGCCUUCUGGGUGGAGCUGAAGGGAGCCAACCUCGAGGCCAGGACACUCUCCCCCCAGGAGUCAUCUAAGAGAUUCAGUGGACUGGCUGACAAGGCAAAGAACUUCUGUCGACGGAGUUACUCCCACCCUGACCGAUCUGGUGAGGGUCUAGUCCAGACAGACACUUUUGUUAAUAGAGCGACCCAAUGGCAGUGUGUCUUGCUGCAGCUUUCCUCCUCAACACUCACAACUACCAACACCUCAUCUCCUUCUGACCAUCCCUUCACCCCAGGGAAGGUAGCUCCUCGUCUCGCCAUUGCAGCUCUGGCUAUGAAAGAGGACAGAGACGCUAGGAAAUCCAUCAGGGACGUCUUCAGUGCAGUUCUGAGUGUGUUUUCCACACCAGUCAGCUCUGAGAUGAGGAGUGAAGUUGGGCACAAACAACUGCAACUUCGGUCUCAGUUUGAUGUUCUAGUAGAGAAUCUUGAGGAUCCUGGUAGUCUCUCUCUUCUGCUCAUGGCUCUAGUCAGGAUAUGGAGCAUACUAAAGAAACCAGAUGAAGAGAUAGGACUCAUGGUUGAACAUGCCAUGUACUGGCCAACAGUGAUUGGAAGUCCGGGGAGUGUGAAUGCUGAUCAUGUGUUCAGAACCCUGUCGUCAACUCUCCAUCAUUCUCUCACCGUCCACCCUAACUAUGACUCGUGGAUGAUCCUCCACGCUGAGAUACACUAUGCUACUGGAAAGUAUGGGGCAGCACUGCUGAACUAUCUGAAGGCUGGGGCUGUGACUUCGAGACAUUUCGAAGAUGAAGUCCCUCCACUGGUCUGGUCCAUGCAGGCUGUUCUCCUCUGUCAGCUACUGGUCCCGGUGGACUAUGAGCUGGCCUUCUCUCUCCUCAGCACUCACAGCAGUUUGAUGGCGGAGUCUUACUUCACGUAUUUCUGGGACAUGGUUAUCAUUGAAUACCUCAUUUAUAUCAAUGCUAAAAGAGGGGACAAGAACAAACAGAGCCUUGCAACACAGAUAGCAGGACAGCCGGAGUUGAACUGUAACAACAGUCUGGGGGUGCUGGCCAGAGCUGCCCAAGUCCGUAGGAGAAAACUGCUCCAGUCAUUCUAUGACCAAUCCUUCUCCACUUUAUAGCACUCACUCAACAUCCAUCACCCAUCAUUUCACUCACGCUUUAAUUUCACAUUACAUCCAAACGUGAUAUAAAAUGGGCAGACGCGUCUGUAGGCCUAUUAUGCAUCCAUUUAUGCAUGUGGGCUCAAUUCCCCAAGAAAAAACAAACAUCUAUAGGUUAUUUGCUCACCAAUACAUUCUGCAGGCACCUGCCACAUUCACGUAAAUCUAUUGAUCUGGGAUUAUACACAGAAUACAGAGCUGAGUGGGAGUGCAUUUGUCACUAGUGUACGAAAGUGAGAGACUGGUUGCUAAACAGUUCCUUGUUCUUCUCUGCCACAAAUCUCUUCCCGCAGUAGCCGCAGUCCUGGAUCUCAGGCCUGUCCAGGUUGAUGAAGACCUUUGGGUGGCCGAGAGCCGGUCCUCCAUCGCAGAAGAUGUGGCUACCCUCAAUGACCACCACAGGCUCCUCUGCCACCAGGUCAAUGGCAAACUGCUGGUUCACCUGCUUCUUCUUGUCCACAAACCUCACGUUUCUGUAGUCCCCUUUCUCCCAGUACUGGCCCGUGUGAGUGACGUCAUCUUGCUGCCUCCUCCAUGAGAGACUAAGAUGUCUACUACACCUCACUGCUCCCCUGAGACUCUGAACCCUCACGGCCGAGGGACAAGCAGCCAAAGAUCUGAACACCACUGCAGCCAUCUCUUUCCUGCAGGAUGUUUUCUAA